AUGGGGGCAGCUUGCAUGAAAUCCCACGGCGCCGCCACCGACGCUGUGGCACCCCGCAGGUCCACAGCUGAGAAGGCAGCAGACGCAGCAGCAGCAGCAGAGGAACACAGCCACAAAGCGCAGGAAGCAGCAGAGACCGCUGCUGCUUGUGCUAGGCGGGCAUGUGCAGAAGCUGCUUCGCUCACCGGGAGAGGGUCUGGUGAGGCUGCUGCAAUGCAAGGGGACCCUAAGGUGGACGAAACAGAAGAACAACAAAUAACGACAACUCCAGCACAAACGCACGCAACGGAAGAACCCCAGGCGUCAGCUGUCGUUCCCCUGAGCGAUGCGGACGCACAGCUCUUGGCUGCAGCGGAGAAGCAGGCAGCAGCAAAGCAGCAGCAAGGGGGAUCUAAUACACCUCACGCGUAUUUGUUCUAUGCCACUGAACUAAAUGAGGGUUCUCUAAUUAUGCAGUGGACUCCAACACAAAUGAGCGAGGAAGAUAUGCAUGCAAAGAACCUGCUGCUCCUCGCCUCCUUCACUCCUGCCAAGCACAAAACCGUCUCUAAGAGCAAACUCACACAAAAUGGAGGCGUUACCUGUUUGCUGCAGGAGAUGAAAUACAAGUGGGAUGUAUGGAGCAAGGUGCAGCGGCAACCCUAUUACCAGGGUUGGAUGAAGUUCAUUAAAGCAGCGGACGAAAUGGAGGCCUCUGUGAAAGUGCACCAAUUCACUUCGCCGGCUCCAGCAGCCAAGGUGUUCUUGCUUCAUACAGGGCCUAUCGAGAAUAAAGUGCUGCCUGUGAAAGAGGAAGAGGAGUUCAAGAUCUCCGUGUUUGGCUUCGCUGCGGUAGUACCCGCGCAGUCUUCCUAUAAACCUGGGGCAAACAUAACCCCGAAAAGAUUCGGAGAAAUCGCUACAGAGGCAGGCGGGGCCUAUAUUCAGCUUUCUCGCAGAGGAGGUGAUGCGGCUUUUGAUGAAGCAGAAGUUGUGAGGUGGCUGGCGGCCGAUGGAUUGGAAAUUAAAAAAGGAGGAGGAAUUACAAUGGAUUCUGCAGGGACUUAUGAAAAGAGAUCGGAUAAAAAGGGAGGAAACGCAGCAGACGAACUAAACCCGAAAGUCUGA